AGACCCUUUCUUGCAAGGGUCUGGCUGCUAGACCAUUCCCUGCAAGCACCUACACUAUGUACAUAUGUACACAGCAUGACGCAGACAUCGAAGGCCCGGGUUCAUGGAACAACGAUCCAUUGACACCUCGCCUCGCUCCUGGCAUGCCAAAGUGACACUAAAAGGCUCCUUGUCACUCGUAUGAGUGUAUUAUUGCCUUUCCACGCCAAACACGGCCAGGGAGACUGCGUUGACAUGUUUGCUAGUCAAUAGCGCUUGUUGAGGUGCCAUCAAACAUGUUGCCUUCUCUCUACGGCACCAACAAUACUGGUGCCGCUCAUGACCCUGUGUCUAGCGGUACCUACACGGUAGACACGAUGCUCAACGAACUGUCAAGACAACUCACUGUGAAUACGAGGCGGCACUCGAGAGCGUGCAACGGACAACCACGAGGAGGAAACCCGAUGAGGAUAUCCAAGCCGGGCAGUGCGAACAGCAGCCCUAGAACAUCAGCAUUUCAGUCGAGGAGGAGGACGUUGAUCGGCGAUGGGUUCCAGGGCAAGCUUCAGACGCAGUCUCCGGUGACGGGUCAGGCCUACUUACCGACUCCGGCCUCAGAAGCGCCAAGCGAGUUCUUCUAUGGGCGGGAAAGCAGACCGGCGCGGCCCCUCAGCUGGCAUCCGUCAUCACAAUACGCGCAGCAGACGCCUUUCCCUCAACAUGACAGCAGCGGCAACGUACUCUACCAGUUUCCGGCGUACAGCGAUGCCGAGAUGCUGGCGGCGUUGCAGCAAAUGCCCCCUACGCCAACGGUGUACUCGGGGUACACGUCGCCCGCAGAAUCCUUCUCGCCGCUGUCGCUGCCGUACUCGAACUUGUCCUCCCAGCAGCAGCAGCAGCAAGGCCCUACCUACCCUCCCGCCGUCUGCUCCGACUACCCGUCGGCUGGUGCUCUCUCGGAAAUCCCCUACCUACCUCCCCCUCAGGCAGGAAGUGCCUCGUUUGCCUGGGAGCCGUGCCCCGCCAAUACGUCGAUGCUGAGCCGGCACACUGCGCCUCCCACACCGGAGGACUUCGCGUGCAGCCUGAUGCUAAACCAAGCGGCGGGUGAGGCGAGAGCAGCACUACCACAACAGCCGACGAAGCAGAGCGCUGCGAUCAGCAGCCGUCAAUCGUUCGAGCCGCUCAUCCGCAGCGACGAGAACGACGAAGAAUCUGAAGGCGAGAUCCUCUACGGCAUGGGCCUCUACGACGAACCAGACCAUCGCCGGGCUCCCUCACUCCACCAGUCGGUUGUCCUCUCGCUGCUGGGCAGCGCAGUGGAUCCGAAGGAGGAAACCGACUCGGGCGAGGGGCUGGGCCUUAAGCUCGAGGACGCUUGGGAGCCACCUGCCAGUGAGGAUGAAGAGGAUGGCGAGGACGAUGGGGAGGGCCAGGAGGAGGCGUGAUCUGUGUAAUGGACGGGCGGAUAUGCUGGAUUCAAUUUCUUCCUUUGCUUGCCCUCUCCACUCAGGAUGGCUUACGUUUCCCAUGCAUGGUCAGCGAAGGCGUUUACAGGUACAGGACAGGUCACGGAUAUGCAUCCAGGAACAUGGCGGGGACAACGGAAACAGGGGUCACGGCUAUGGUUACGGCUACGGGUAACGGGUGAUUACAGGUAUUUUAACUGACUGGGUGGAAGGGACGGCUGGGUAUGUUGGCAUCUCUCAGGCAAAGCCCUGAGAUGAGAAGAGACAGUAAUCCAACGCUUAUCGCGGAAGCAUGUGGGUUUCACAACCCAAAAGGGGGCAGGACAGGGUCCGAGGAACACAACAUGGU